AUGUCUCCUCAAACAAGACGCAAAACAGUAACAAAAUUAAAUGUUUGCAAAAACUGUCUUUUUAGUCACCAAGGUAAAGCAUGCAUUUCCGAGAAGCGGUGUCGUGAAUGCAACGAUAAUCAUUACACCUUGUUACAUGACGCCUUCAGGCCAUAUUCAAACAAGCCACAAAACAAUGCGAAUAUCAAAAACAAGUCGUCGAUGUCGUCAGAAGCGGAAAAUAAUCGCGUCAGCACAAGUAACUCGAAUGUUACUCAACAAAACAACGAUAUGACGGAAAUUUUAUUAGCGACAGUGAUGCUCAAAGUGCAGGCUGCAGAUGGUAUUUAUAAAAUCAUGCGCACCCUUAUUGAUCAGGGUUCACAAGUCUCGAUAAUAUCUGAGAAUGCAGCCCAGCGACUAGCACUUCCUAGACGAAACUGUAAAGGUGCAAACAGCAAAAGCAUUUUUGGAGUUGGUGUUAAACCUAGUAGCUGUAAAGGAGUACUUGACUUAACAUGCUCAUCAAUGGACGACUACUACGUCUUUGACACAAUAUCCACUACCCCAUAUCUUCCCGUGGGUGUCGUAAGAGGCGACAGAGGGAGACAGGCAGGAGAUGGGCAGCAGCAUCUUCCUGAUAACAGCAACUGUACGACAAAAAAAACUGCGGUUGCCAACCCGCUCGCCAAGCGUGGCAACUAUGGCAAUAUACCCCCCAUGAACAAUUACACAAAUAGACGGCCCCCAGUCCCCGGCGGCCCCGCUAUUCCUGGCUACGGUGGCGACCAUGGUAACGGCGGGGCAGGGGGUGCUAAGAAUCUCCGGUGGAGGUUCGGUUGCCACCUACGACGACUCGACCUGGCAACAUUUAACGCACGCACACUGAGGACUGACGAGAAGAUCCUGGAGCUGGAAGAAGAGAUAGACAAGUUGCGCUGGAGUAUUAUAGGAUUAUCCGAGGUCCGAAGAGAGGGGGAGGACACGGUGAUUCUCGAAUCCGGCAACUUGUUCUAUCACCGGGAGGGCGACCAUCUGUCCCAAGGAGGUGUCGGAUUUAUCGUCCACAAGUCUCUCGUCAACAACGUUGUACAGAUUGAGAGUGUGUCGACGAGGGUCGCGUACCUGAUAUUCAGAAUCACCAAACGGUAUUCGCUGAAGAUCAUACAGGUUUACGCACCAACGUCGGCACAUUCCGAUGAGGAGGUGGAGGAAAUGUAUGAGGAUAUUUCCAAAGCCAUACAUUCCUCCAAAACCCACUACACGGUGUUGAUGGGAGACUUCAACGCAAAACUAGGCACAAGAGAAAGCGGUGAGCUGAAGUUAGGGAAAUUUGGAGUAGGGCAACGGAACCGAAGGGGCCAGCAGCUGGCCGACUUUAUGGAGAAAGAGGGACUCUUUAUGAUGAACUCUUUCUUCCAGAAGCGGCCCCACAGGAAGUGGACCUGGUCGAGCCCCGACGGUUCGACAAAAAAUGAGAUUGACUUCAUUAUGACGACCAGACGCCAACUGUUCAGUGAUGUCUCAGUGAUCGCAAGGGUGAAAACUGGCAGCGAUCACCGAAUGGUUAGAGGCACACUGAACCUAAACGUUAAGUUGGAGAGGUCUCGUCUAAUGAAGUCAACGCUCCGUCCCCCCUCGUGCUCUGAUCCAAAAUCCCGAAAACUUUCAGCUCGAGUUACACAACCGCUUUCAGUGCCUACAAGAUUGCAAUGCAGUGGACGAUAA